CAAAACAACAUAUAAAUAAACAAACUCCAAACAAGCCAAGUUGUAUAAAUUGUAGUGGAGGUAGUUUAAGGAAUACGUUUGCGUGAAUGAUUUUAAACUGAUAAUGAACUCUUGAAUUUUAGAUCAAGUUUAUGUUUAUAUAAUUUAUUACUUGGUAUCAAAGUAGGCUAAUAGGUAUUUUCUUAUAGCUGAAGUUGGUUAAGUAUUAUUUUUUCAGUUUGUUUUCACCAGUGUUUUCAUUUGGAACGCUUGAGAUAUUUACAAAAUUUAUAUUGUUUUUUCCUAAUAUAGAACAUUUAAUAACAACAAAUGACUGAUAUUUGCAAACACGAUGGUUUAUUAAUUAAUGUUUUGAAGGAGGAAGGACAAAUUUUCCCUUUUUUAGAUGCAAUAUUUGGAUUUCUAUAUCGAAGGACUGAUUUCUACAUAGUUAAAGACAAUCCAGAUGGCAAAAUUGGAUUUCCUGUGGGAGUCGCUGAGAGAGUUGUCUGGGAAUGUUUUAAGAAAUGGCAAAAGCUUGCUGUUGAUUCAACCGCUGAGCAGAAUGAUUUGAAAUCUGUGAUGGAAGAUGAUAUGGCAGGCCUAGUUAUACAUGAAGAAGAGGUGGUGACCACGGACGAUGUAGAAGACUUUUCAGUGCUGCCAACUGAACCCAUACAAGAGAAACAAGACAGGUGUGUAAACGUGUUGAAGAUUUCAUUAGUAAAUUUAAUUUUUAGCCAUAUCCUAGUCUAUUUACAAAUUCCUUGUAAUAGGUAUCAGGACAACAGUUCAGAAAACUUCAAUUUUAUCAUUAAAAUACGUAAACAUUUCAAAAUAGAAAUAAAAGGUGUUUUGGUAUGUACCAACUAGAAGUGGUUGGCAGCU